AGAAGAACUUCGAUAAAAAUUCGAUCAGAAUCACAACAGUAGUAUAUUGUUCACCCAAGAGAAAUCUAAAUCAGUGUAUUACCUUAGGGUUCAGCCAUGGCGUUUUUACUUAGCAAGGCCUCCACGGUUUCUCGAUUCGUUUCUUCUUCUACUCAGAAAGUGAAUCCAUCAUUUCUCCAAUCGUCUCGCCGUGGAUUUCAUAUUGAACUUGGUGCUCGCGAGAAAGCUCUUUUGGAACCACACCCAGCACUGAAACAUUUCAAGUCUACUAAGAAAGCUGAGCACCUUGUCAGAAGAUUUGGAGAUGUUCUUGCCCUUGCUGUCAUUUCUGGAGGUUGUUAUGAAGUGUAUGUCAGAGCAACAUCAAAGUAAGAAGCUCUGAAGGAGGCAAACUAAAGGAGUCUUCUUAAUAGGAGGGAAUAAAUGGACGUGAGGAUGCAAAAAUAUGGGUGGACAUAAUAAAUUUAUAAAUUUGUAGACAAAGAAAUUUGACUCAAACGAUUUUUCCAAAUUAUUUCAA